CUCUCUACCCGCCCUUCAAAUCCCACUAUUUCUUCUGUGUUUUUUUCUUUUUUUACAUCAGACAAGUGUCUCAUCUUGUUGCAGAAAAAACCCAGAAAAAAAGAUCAGUUAUGUGUGGUCAAACACUCAUCUUUUUCAAGAUCUUUCGAGUGUUUCUAAUCUGUUAAUCGCUCUUUGUUCUUCCAGAAAACAGGUUUUUUUUUCUUCUUCCGAAUCUUGAAAUCUCGAUUCAUUCAUGGCUGGUAGUAAUGAAAUCAACGCAAAUGAAGCCAAGAAAGUAGUUCCGCUUCACACAUGGAUCCUAAUUUCCAACUUCAAGUUAGCGUACAACAUGCUCCGGCGACCGGACGGCACCUUCAAUCGCGAGUUAGCGGAGUUUCUUGACCGGAAAGUUGCGGCCAACACCGUUCCAGUGGACGGCGUUUACUCUUUUGAUGUAGUCGACCGCGCCACCAGUCUCCUCAACCGAAUUUACAGAUGCUCCCCGCUGGAAAACGAAUUUUCACGUCAACCCGGAGCCGGAAUCUUGGAACUCGAAAAACCACUGAGCACCACCGAAAUCGUCCCGGUAAUAAUCUUCUUCCACGGCGGAAGCUUCACUCAUUCCUCUGCUAACAGCGCCAUCUACGACACAUUCUGCCGCCGUCUCACCGGACUCAUCAAAGGCGUCGUGGUUUCAGUAAACUACCGGCGGUCACCAGAACACCGGUAUCCUUGUGCUUACGAAGAUGGAUGGGAAGCUCUGAAAUGGGUUCAUUCAAGAUCAUGGCUUUUAAGUGGUAAAGACCCUAAAGUUCAUGUUUAUUUAGCCGGAGACAGCUCCGGCGGCAACAUAGCCCAUCAUGUGGCGGUUAGAGCGGCGGAAUCCGGCGUUGAGGUGCUUGGAAACAUAUUAUUACAUCCGUUGUUUGGUGGAGAAGAAAGAAAAGAAUCAGAAAACAAAUUAGAUGGGAAAUACUUCGUAAGAGUUCAAGAUAGAGAUUGGUACUGGAGAGCUUUUUUGCCUGAAGGGGAAGAUCGUGAUCAUCCUGCGUGUAACAUAUUUGGGCCACGUGGCAUCAGUCUUGAAGGGGUUAAAUUUCCAAAAAGUUUAGUGGUGGUGGCUGGAUUAGAUCUUGUUCAGGAUUGGCAAUUGGCGUAUGUUGAAGGGUUGGAAAACACAGGGCAACAAGUGAAGCUAUUGUUCUUGAAAAAAGCCACCAUUGGAUUCUAUUUCUUGCCUAAUAAUGAGCAUUUCUACACGUUAAUGGAGGAGAUCAAAAGCUUUGGGUAA